AUGGAGUUGAGAACUUCCACCGCCGACGAGAAGAAUUCACCGGCGUUCUAUGCAGCGCUCCUGCGAUCGUGCGCGCGCUCCCAGGAUCUCUCGACAGGACGCCGGAUCCAUCGAAGGAUAAUCGCCACCGAGCAUCGCCAGAACAAAUUUCUCCAGAAUCUCGCCAUGGAGAUGUAUGGCAAAUGCGGCAGCCCGGACGAGGCGCGUCGCGUCUUCGAUUCGAUCCCCUCCAAGAACGUCUUCUCGUGGAACAUCAUGAUGGCCGCGUACGCACACAGCCGUCGGAUCGAGGACGCCCGCGACGUGUUCGACCGGAUGCCGUUGAAAGACGUGGUGUCGUGGAACACCAUCCUCGCAGCAUAUGCCGCGUAUGGGCAGCUUGACGAAGCGAAGGUUUUGUUCGACAAGAUGCCGCAGAGAACAGUGGUGAGCUGGAACACGAUCACGGCGGCGCUUGUUCACUACGGGCGUUUGAUCGAAGCGCGCGAGAUGUUUGAUAAGAUCGUCGAUCCAAACGCAGUUUCCUGGAACAUCAUGCUCGUGGCAUAUGCCCAGUCUGGGGAUUUUGAUCGCGCGGAAGAGAUCUUUGCCAAGAUCCCAGACAAGGAUGUGGCGUCGUGGAACACAAUGAUCGCAUCGUACGCCGAUGCUGGAAACAUCGAAAAGGCGAGAAAGAUCUUCCAGACAAUGCCGGUGCGCGAUGUGGUGUCUUGGAACGCGAUGAUCACUGCGUUUUCUAGGACUGGGCAUUUGCAGGAGGCAAAGGUGGCGUUUGACACGAUGCCAAAGCGGAACUUGGUGUCCUGGAACGCAAUGAUCACGGCCUACUCCGAAGCGGGGGAGUGCGAUCGAGCAGUGGCGAUGCUGGGGCUGAUGGAUCUGGAAGGGAUGGAGCCGAACGACGUGACGAUCAUCGCGCUGCUCACCGUCUGCGGCAGCACAGCCAAGGUCACUCAAGGCAGAAUCGUCCACUCGAGCAUCUCGAGCAAGAACAGACUCGUCUCUCACGUCGUUGUGGCGACCGCUUUGAUCAACAUGUAUGGCAACUGCAGCAGCAUGGAGGAGGCUUGGAUCGUCUUCGCAGGGAUGGAUGAGAGGAACACCGUGACUUGGAACGCGCUCAUCUCCGGCUACGUCCACAACUCCAACACUCGAGAGGCGUUCAUGCUCUACGCGAUCAUGAACUUGGAAGGCGCGGCUCCAAACCUGAUCACCUUCGUGGCCGCGCUGGAUGCAUGCGCUGGGAAUCUGGCGCUCGCCCAGGGCAAGAUCAUCCACGGCCUCGCCGCCGCCGCUGGCUACGCGGACGACGUCGUGCUCGCCACCGCGCUCGUCAACUUGUACGCAAAGUGUGGCUGCCUGGGACGAGCAGCCGAGAUCUUCCACGCCAUGCCGGUGAAGAGCGAAGUCACCUGGAACUCGAUCAUCGCGAUCCACGCGAGCUUCGGCCUCGGCUCCGCGGCGCUGCGGUUCUUCCAGAUGAUGCAUCUCCAGGGCGAGGAGCCGAGCGGGGUGACGCUCAUCAACACGCUCACGGCGUUUAGCCACACGGGGCUGGCGCGAGGAGGAGCUGCCGGGUACUUGGUCUCGAUCUUGAUCGACUACCGCGGGUUGCUGGAGCUGGAUCACUUCGUUUGCGUCAUCGAUAUCCUCGGCCGGGCCGGGUGGCUGCAAGAGGCGGAGGAUCUGAUCGGGCUCAUGCCGUUUGAGCCGGAUUCUCUGUGCUGGAUGACGCUGCUGGGAGCUUGCAAGCUCCAUGGCGAUCGAGAGAGGGGCACGGUUGCCGCGGACAAUGUGUUUAGGCUCGAUCCAGGGAAUCCAGCGCCUUACGUGCUCCUCUCUAGCAUUUGUUCUUCCAAGAAGCUUGGAAGAACUUCUAACGGGGAUGAUCACUCUUCUACUCCAAGCGUCAAGGAAGUGGAAGUGUUGCUAUGA